AUGACGUUUAUUUCAUUACUGAAAGCACUUAAACUAAUGGUGCUAAAGCUUAUCUUGUUGUGCACUAAAAAGAGAAAAUCUACAACAAGAACUGUCGAAUACGGUUAUGAAUUACCAGAUGAUGUACUGCUUAAGAUAUUCUUCCAUCUCCCACUGAAAUCUGUCUAUAAAUUCAGGUGCGUGUCAAAAGUGUGGCUGUCUCUACUUUCCAACCCAUGUUUCGUAAACAAACUAGCUACAAUUCGUAGUCUACCAUGGGCAUCUCUUGACUGUAUAGACUUUGAUGGUAUUAAACUUGUUUGCCCCAAAACUCACUCCAGAUAUAUGGAUUCUUACGAUGGUUUCACCUUUAAAUUCAUGUUAGAUAUAAACCCUUUCAAGGAGACAGUACCAAAACUAAGAGUUCUAGAUUCAAGCAACGGUUUGGUUCUUUGUUCGCAUUGGGACAGUUCAAGACUUCUCAGUAAGUACUAUAUUUGUAAUCCAGUUACCAAACAAUGGGUGUCACUACCUUCUCCACAAGCAGCUGUAACAUAUUAUCCGCGUGGUAUAGAAUGUUUGUCAUCGACAUCACUUGGUUACAAGGUGGUGAUUUUCCCAUAUUUUGAUCAUCCAAAAACCGAAUUCGACCUUCGAGUAUUCUCUUCUGAUACAUCUGAAUGGAAUACGUAUCGAGUUUUGAGCGCAGAGGGAGUUUGUACGUCUUAUCGAACACAUAAUUGUAAUGGGUAUCUGUUUUGGAUAGAUAAUGACAAAGUCAGAUUUUACAAUCUCAACAACAUAGAUGACAAGAAACUCUGUAGUAGUGGUGGUGGAUGGAUGCAGUCGAUCGAUUUUCCUCUCAAGGGAGGUAAGAAUGGUCGGUACACUUUUCACAAACUUGGAAUUUCAGAAGGGUUCAUUGUCUACGGAGUCCAUAAAAGGUUCGAGCAGACUUUGAGCAUUUGGGUUCUCAAGGAGGAUUACAUUCAUGGAGGAUGGGUUUGGCAGUCUGUUCAUAAAAACAUCAAUGUGGAACAUCCUUCAGGACCUUCGCACAAGUUCUUUUACUUCUGUCCAGUGAAUUUAGAUAUUGUGAUCUUUAGCGAUUCCGAUCACUUGUGUUGCUUUAACCUUCAAACUGCGGAUUGGGAAACACUCGUUCAAUUUCCGGCUCUGUCUUCUGCAAUUGAAGGCCCCCGAUAUCUUAAUUACACACCAAAGCCGACCAUUAUUCCAUAG